CACAAAUCUCACCCCUCCCCGGGGGCCGCGGGGUCUUGAACAGCCUGUGAAAGCCCCUCCGAAGUCAUCUGUGACAUGGACGCGAUCGGACGAAUUUUGCCGAAGAAAGUUUGUGACGCGUCUGCCGCCGGGUGCUGACAAUCCACUUCGCCCUCCGGCCCAUCCGGGUAUGUAAAGAAUUCUUUGCAAGCAUACAUACAUAUCCCCGUCGGACGAAGACAGAAGGAAACCAAACAAAAAAAAAAAAAACCCGCAGCUUCAGAAAAGACACCCCCCCCCGAUUCUUGCCGAGAUCGUUUCUUUUCUUCGGGAGGAUAAUUACAUACCCUCGCCAUUCAGGACUCGGAUACGACUACAUAAAGACUUGGGCGUUAGAUAGGUCGGAGUUACCAGGCUCGAUACUGUCCACGAGAAUAUACCGUCAAUGGUCGGACAUAUGAGUUCGCAUCAUGUGCUGGAGCGGCGCCAGCAAUGGGACACACCGAUGGGCGGAAUGACCAGUGCUAUCGGUACCUAUGCGAUCCAUUCUCGGUUUCUGGGCGUCAAUCCAACGGUGCCUCAUGAUCUGAUUGCCUCGAUGCUUUUCUGUCUGAUCUUUGCCGGCCUAAUCGGCGGAUGCGUCUUCCUUGGCCGGAACCCAUUCCUUCGAACGAUCUCCAUGUACACCCUCUUCUUGGCCUCCUUGUUCCUCUUCUUGGCGUUCGCUAUUCGCGCCGGGAUCUCUAACUCCUCGGACCCGAAAAAAUCGAGCUUCAUUGCCGAAUCUCUGUUCUUGAUCUUCGCUCAGUUUUGCAUUUUGGAUGUAUGGAUGAUGCGUAUGCGAGACGAGUUGAUAGACUAUUAUGACGACUCCUACAGACUCGACCUACGUGGCCCGGCCAGCCUGAAAGCCAUCAUGAAUUCGGUGAAGAAGAGUGCGGAGACGCGAUGUGUCUUAGUGACCAGAGUGGUGAUCAUCCCACUCUGUGUGAUCCUGUAUAUCGUCGGCUACUCCACUUUGCCCGAUCCCGAUGACCCAGCAAUCGUCGGACGUCAUGGUUCCACCCGAGAAGUCGCAAGUUUUAUGGUGUUUAUUGUGCUUUGCACAAUGCAAGCAAUGACUCUGAAGCAUGCCUGUUUUAAUCUACCGCCUUGGCUACCAUACUUGAUCUUCUUCGGAAUAGCACUCUUACUAUGGCUGCCCGCAAUAUAUGCGUUUUGUCUUCUGGCUGUAGCACCUGAUAGCUCAUCAUUUGUCAGAUCGAAGACAUUCUUUUAUGUUAGUUUUGGCUUUGCACAAGCGGUAGCGAUCGGCGGAUUGAUAGCGAUGCAUCGACAGAAGCGGAUAUGGGAGUACGAAGUCGGCCAAGAAUCGGCCCCUGAAGAGGGCAAAGAACCUCCUGAUCAGGUCGAGGUGGUCGAGUAAAUCUCAGAAUCGUCACCUCUCGCUUCUCCAGUGGCACAAAACUUCUUCUAAAUCAUCAACUUCUCACUUUUUUUUCGCAUCUAUCUAAACGAACAAUACUCUGCAAGAUUCUUCCAUCAUGACCACUACGACAACAUGCUUUUUGAUACACAUCUCGAAUACAUAUAUAUAUUUAUAAAGAUCAUACGACUAUCAACGUAGGUUCCUCUGAAUUUCUUCUUUUAUAUGUACCAAUCUGUUGUUGUUUUUCCUUCUUUCGUAUUCAUACAAAAAAGUGGAACCAAAAGCGCAAUAUGCGCUUCCGCAAGCAAUAUUAUAACAAUAACAC